CCCAUCUUGAAGCUCUUCCCCAACUCGUCGCCUUCCAAUAUGAGCCCGCAGAGUCCGCUGAAGCCGUGAUCAUCGGUGCUAGUGGCGUUGUGCGUUACAGCGCGUUAUGCGAUGGGUGUCGAAUACGUGGACUCGGACUGCAGACGGUGUGUCAUCUUUUUCCGAGUUGUUCGCGGCGCAUUCAUCCUACGACGGUCAUCCGGGAGCUCGGGCAUAUCCUAUGAGAACUUGCUCUCAAUACAUUGAAGAAGCUCAUCUCUAGUUCAAGUAGUCGGCGUCAUGCCCCUCCCUCCCAAGGUCCGUGAUUAACACAAGUUGCCUGCGUACACCAAGUCGCAGCGCCGACCUUGGCUGCGGCUAAGAUGUCUAGCGUGCAUAUCACAACAAAGAGUUCAUUUGGUACUGACCAGUAUAUAAGCCUACGUUCACUCGUGAUUCCAUCUCUCUUCCUCACGGUACACACGAGCCACUCGGAGUCUUCCGACAACUAUAGACAUGAAUAAGCCACUUCUCAACGACGAUGUGUUGCUUCAUAUCAUUAGCUUCUGCGACACCAUGGACCGCCAGACAGUCUGUACGCUCAUACGGACGAGCCGCCUAUUCCACCACGCGGGCGCGCGGUACCUCCUCGUGGACGGAGUUUCCCUCUGCAACGAGCAAGUCGAAUCCUUUAUUCAAUUCAUGAUCGCGGACGGCGACCACCGGUUUCCCCUCCUGCGCACACUCACCCUCUCCGCCACGACGCUGCCGCUAUUCACGGGGUAUAUCCUCGCACAGCUCUUUCAUCGGCUCGCCAGAAAGGGCGCCCUCUGCUCUCUCAAGUUGGAUGACGCCGAAAGCCUUCUGCGCUCCCACCCCGAGCUCCCGUAUGCGAUCGCCGAGCUUCCAAAGCUGAAGUCGCUCUGCAUGUACCAGAGUGGGCGGCACGGGGGGACGUUGAUGAAGCUCCUGCGGUCUGAGCUUGUGUACGCCAAUCUGGGAACGCCAUACCAGGUUUUCAUGGGACGCGACGAUGACGGCCAGAUUGAAGACCGCGAGGACGCCGACGCGGCAGUCGUUGACAACGAUGGACCUAGCCAGGGGGAUGACGACCUGAUCACCGCGCUGCACCAGUCGUGCCAGUCGCUCAGGGAGUUGCGUAUGACGUUCGCCAGCGACUACAGCCAGGCGCAGACGCUCGUCUUCCCCAACCUGACCUCGCUCACCCUCCACGCGGGCCUUCUCGACGCGCCGGUCACGGGCUACUUCUCAUGCAUGUUCCCCAACCUCAAGGAGUUCGAGGUAUACACCUUCAACCCGGAUCACAAACCGUUCGGUAUCUUAGACUUCGCUGACCGUCGGGACGACAACAUGGACAACCAGGCGGAGUGUAAGAGGUGGCGCACGCUGCGCUACUAUGACGGGACGCUCGAGGCACUCUUCAGCCUCGGGAUUGAGUGCCGCAUCGACUGGGUGAAGCUCAAGUCUGAGGAUAGCGCGCUCGACCCCUUCAUGCUUUCGGAGGCGUUGCAAGAAGCUCGACCGGUCCAUCUGUGCUUGGAGUUCUGGGGUGUUUCUUCGUUUCUAGACGAGGAGUUCCUGGAGAUCUUCGAGGAAGAGGGCGUCGAGAGGCUUGAAACGUUGGAGAUCAGUGUAUAUGCCGCCGACGGCGAGGAACACCUUGAUGCGAUGGGGAUACUU